AACCGACGAACCCGCUAUAUUUCCUUCUAUUGGUCCCUCAGGUCUCCAUUUCGAAUAUAUACCGGCACAUUCUCCUCAUUCGAAUUACACGACGCACAUCUCCUCUCCGAUCGAAAUGGCCGCCGUCGAGAACGGCAGCGCGCAGCUGCAAUCAGCGUUAAUCUUCCUCGGCACCGGUUGUUCCAGUGCCGUUCCCAAUGCAUUGUGCCUGAUCCGACCCUCUGAUCCUCCAUGUACCGUCUGUUCUCAGUCGCUUACCAUGCCACCUGUAGAAAACCCUAAUUACAGGUGUAAUACAUCUCUUCUUAUUGAUUAUUGUAAGGACAAUGGUGAGCACAAGUACAUAUUAAUUGAUGUUGGGAAGACGUUUCGGGAGCAAGUACUUCGGUGGUUCACUCGUUAUAGAAUUCCUCACGUUGAUUCUAUUAUUUUGACUCAUGAGCAUGCUGAUGCAACUCUCGGCUUGGAUGAUAUCCGUGCAGUGCAACCAUUUAGCCCAACAAAUGACAUUGAUCCGACACCAGUGUACCUGACUCAAUAUUCAAUGGAUAGCAUUGUUCAGAAAUUCCCUUACUUAGUCCAGAAGAAACUUAAGGAAGGCCAGGAGAUUAGACGUGUGUCACAACUUGAUUGGCAGAUUAUUGACCAUGAUUGUGAAAAGCCCUUUGUUGCAUCAGGACUAGAAUUUGUUCCGUUGCCAGUAAUGCAUGGCGAAGAUUAUGUGUGCUUGGGGUUUCUUUUUGGUAAAAAAUUCAGAGUUGCAUAUAUAUCUGAUGUUUCACGCUUUCUUCCAACUACUGUAUCCUACAUUUCAAAAGAUAGUGGUCAACAACUAGAUCUGCUUAUUUUGGACACUCUCUAUAAGAACGGUUCCCACAAUGUUCACCUUUGCCUUACUCAGACUCUAGAGGCGUUGAGGAUACUAUGCCCAAAGAGGGCUCUACUAAUUGGAAUGACUCAUGAAUUUGACCAUCACAAAGAUAAUGAAUUCCUUGUGGAAUGGUCUAGAAGAGAAGGUAUACCAGUUCAACUUGCACAUGAUGGAUUGAGGAUCCCUGUUAACCUAUAAAGAGAUGAUACUGCUGAAUGGACAAAAGAAAAUAUGCCUAAAGACUGAGUAAAGGCUCUGAGAGCAUCCUUUUGAUCUGUUAGUGCAAGUAGAUUAUAUACAUGGAAAUAGUUGGGACAUGAUGUAGCAUUGAUGUCGAUGUUCACCAGAUUAUACUUGUGUAUGUUGUUGCAUUUUCUCAAGAAUACUAGGUGUAUGGAGUUGAAUAUUAAUCAUUUGUUAAGCUUAUACGAAAAUGAAGCUUUGGGUGGCAA